AUGCAUUUAAUGUACACGCUGGAUGCGGAGGGAAAUAGAGUCUAUACUCUAAAAAAAGUUACAGACACAGGGAAAAUCACAAAGUCGGCUCACCCUGCAAGGUUUUCGCCAGAUGAUAAGUUCUCAAGACACCGUGUCACCAUUAAAAAGCGUUAUGGCGUACUUUUGACGCAGCUACCAGCAAAACCCUUGUAG